AUGGCCUUUGUGUGCAACCUUGGAAAAUGCUCCAUUACGAGUGCAGAACUCAAAGGAGCAGUGACGGGACUCAGACUUGCGUGGGAUAAAGGCUACAGAAGAGUUCACCUCAACUUGGACUCUACUACUGCAGUUGGCAUCAUUAUGAACAAUGCAGAAGAUGAUCAUCGCCACGGCAUCAUUGCUAAGGAGUUUAAUUACUUGCUUAGUUUGGAUUGGGAUGUUAGGGUCUCCCAUGUGUAUAGAGAGGCAAAUUUUGCUGCUGAUUUUCUUGCAGCUAAGGGCCAUCUUGUUGAUUUUGGUACACAUCUUUUCAAUGUGUACGACCCUGAACUUGAACAUUGGCUUUUGCACGACAUCAUGGGAAUUCCCCAUGAUCGUCUGAUUAUUAAUACGAUUUAG